ACUCAACAAAACGGCGUGGCGGAAACUCAGAAACCUACCCCUUCCCGCCGUAACGUACUUUGUUGUCGAACCUUUAAUUCAGCUCAGGAGAAGCAUUCGCAUGUCGUCAAACAUACCUACACGGCGUGUAACGCGGGCGACCCGUUUGACCGUCCACAAGGAUGAGAACGCGGUUAACCGUCCUGCACGCACUAUCACCCGAGCGAAACCCCCAUCGACCACUGCGAAUGCUCCGGAGAACGCAAAGCCAGCAGGAAUAGCGCGAGCCACCGCGUCGACCGCCGCGACCCGCGCGAAAGCAGCCGCGGCCGCUGCGUUGAAAGUGGACCCCGCGGCACAGAAUAAGCGGAAACGGGAGGCACUUGGUGAGGUUCCCAAACCCUCUGAAAACAAAGCCGCCAAGCCUGUGAAUGCGGGUCCUGGCUUGACUGCGCUGAAGGGCAAGGAGAAGGUCCUCCACCUGAAGGAAAAGUUCGAAGGUGUUGUUAUCAAGAAGAGCACCACAACCACGACCACUACUGCUCGCGCGCCCCUACGCGUCGUUCAUGGCUCUGCGACGACGGGUCCAUCAACGACGGUUGCGCGACGGGCGCGAACGACCCCAGCUUUACAGUCGGCUGAGCAGCCACAACCUGUGCCUGUCUUGGAGGAGGUAAAGGAGGAGACGAUAGAGGAAGUGGAGGAGGUGCCUGAGGAUGAUGCAAUGGUCGUUGACCCCGUCCCAGCACCAAAACGAUUUGUGGCCGCUCGUGCAUCUGCGGCAGCAGCCCCCUCCGCCAUCCCUUCGCGCACCCCACGUCGCUCCUUUGGCCGACCUGCUUUCAGGCAAGAACAGCUUGAGGAGGACGAAGAGGCGGAGCGUGCGUUCAAGAAGCGGAGGACAUCUUCCGACUACCCUGACGAAGCGGCCGUCGCAGAGGUUGAAGGGGCCAUCCUCUAUGAAGAUCCGCCGGAGGUAGAUCCGAACGGCAACCAGUGGGUUGACCUCGACGCCGAGGAUGCAGAUGAUCCGCUCAUGGUGAGCGAGUACGUCGUGGAGAUCUUCGACUACCUCAAGGAGGUCGAGCAAACUACGAUGCCGAACCCGCGGUACAUGGAAAACCAGAAGGAUCUGGCGUGGAAGAUGCGGGGCAUCCUGACGGACUGGCUCAUUCAGGUGCACUCGCGCUUCAAGCUGCUGCCCGAGACUCUGUUCCUGUGCGUAAACAUCAUCGACCGAUUCCUAUCCACUCGCGUCGUGUCCCUCGCGAAGCUGCAGCUGGUAGGGAUCACGUGCAUGUUUAUCGCGGCGAAGGUGGAGGAGAUUGUGGCGCCGAGCGCCACGAACUUCCUGUACUGUGCGCACUCGAGCUACAACGAGGCGGAGAUCCUGCAGGCGGAGCGGUACGUGCUGAAGACGAUCGACUGGAACCUGGGCUACCCGAACCCGAUCCACUUCCUGCGGCGGGUGAGCAAGGCGGACGAGUACAACAUCCAGGUGCGCACGAUCGCGAAGUACCUGCUCGAGAUCCAAUGUCUCGAAUGGCGGUUGAUCGCUGCGCCGCCAUCGCUGCUCGCUGCCGCCUCAAUAUGGUUGGCGCGUCUCAUACUCGGCUUCGACUACUGGACGCCGAACUUGGCACACUACUCGUCUUACCCUGAGAGUGCGCUCUACCCGACGGCGAACCUGAUGUUGAACUACGUGCUGAAGCCGGUGAGGCACGAGUCGUUUUUCAAGAAGUACGCGUCGAAGAAGUUUUUGAAGGCGAGCGUGUUCGUGCGGACGUGGGCUAUAGAGCGGUGGUCCGAGGGCACGGCGGUGUCAUUGGUGGACGUGCUGCCGGAGCUGAAGGCGGCAAUCCGACAGGCACACGCUGCGGAAGACGCGCAGGCGGCGGAAGACGCUGUGGCGCAGGCUGAGGCUGAGGCGAUCGCGGCGGAAGAGGCGUUGGCGAAGGCAAGGGCGCAAGCCAGCGCAGGCGCGUACUGGACGAAGCAGUUCAACUUCGGCGCGCGCCGUUAGGCGUGCACAUUCACUCAUACACCCCGACUACCUGGAUACCUCCUUCCUACACACCCGCACAGGCUAGCGCAUCCCCUUCCUCCCUGCCCGCCGCAUCUGUCCUGGACCCUGCAUCGCACCGCACGUUUUGCAUACCUCUUUAUUGUUCUCUCUCUGGUCUGUUUCCCGCUUCUGUACUCUCACCGCACUGGUGUGUUCUGCACUCUCGUCAUCGCCUGCGAUGAUCUGCCACAUCAUCCCUAGCCCUAGCUCGUCCCCAUUCCCCCACCCGGCAAUGCAAUGUCCAUAACUCUCCUGUUUGCUUUGUACUACAAUGCCAUCUUACGGCGAACGACUUAGAUGCAUAGGAUCGGACGGAUUCCGGACGUCGCAUUCACCUGUAGCAUCGAACCUAUGGUACAUGCACCAUUAUAUGUCGCUCUCGGUAGGAAUAUAAAAUGUAUUCACUUAUGCUCUGU